GUCUUUGAGGAUGGACUUGGACUCACUACAGUGGGGGGUAUUUGGAGGAAGACUGUACACUGUACUAAGACUUAUACUGUGCCUUUUAUGAGGAAAGAUUUAUAUUGUGUACUUUUGGUGGAGAUAUUUAUACCGUGUACUGAGACUUGGACUGAAUACUCUUGAAGGAAAAACUGUGUACUAAGGAUUUGAUUCAGUUUAUUUCCGAAUAUUACGACCAAAAGAAGGAAGGCACGAUAACAUAUGGGUUUCAGAUAUUUGAGGUUCAAAAGUGAAAUAAAGUUAUUAAUACUGAUAUCUUUGUGCAUGUGUCUACAUCUCUGUAGCUGUAUCGUUGUUGGAGAAGCCUCUUAACUAAGUAUAAUCCUUAUUGCAAUAAAGAAUCUAUAUAAAUUUAAACAAAAAUGAAUGAAUGAUAAAUAAUAUAAAUGCGUUAAUCGUUAUCUGCUCAUCUGCCGAAGUGGCUUUUACUCUACUGAGACAAGAAGUAGCGGUGGCCUCAGCAUUAAAGCCAUGGGCGCAGUGCUCCUUCGAGCGAUCGGAGCGGGAGACGUGUCGAACGCCACAAGAGCUCUGGACCAUGGGGCGUCUCCCGAUGGACACAAGAACGACGCAAAGAAACCCAUCCACCUCGCCACUGAAAAUGGUUCUCUGGCGAUCAUAGAGCUGCUGUGUACAAGGGGAGCUGACGUCAACGUGCGAGAUCCAACCAAUGCGGGGAGAGCACCGCUACACAUUGCUAUUAGAAAGAAUUCCCCCGAUAUCGUGAAGUUGCUUCUUGAGAAACAGGCAAGACCGAAUGUGGCAGACGGGACAGGAGCGACCCCUCUUCACACCGCAAUAGACAUGAAUGAUAUCACUUCUGCCGGUCUUCUGCUGAAAUAUAAAGCUAAUGUGCAUUUGAAAGACGCAUCACAUAACUUACCACUCCAUAUUGCUGUGAGAAAAAAUAACUGCGAGAUCGUCAAUAUGCUAUUAAAUGCAGGAGCUUCAGUGCAUAUUGUGGAUGCAUCAGGCGACUGGUUGCUUCACGUGGCCGCAAGGUUCGCGUCUACUAGGAUAUUGGAGAAGCUGAAAGAGAAGGGAUGCGAAGUAAACAAACGCAACGCAGAUGGGUCGUCGCCACUGCAUCUGGCUGCUGAGUCGGGCAACCUGGAGGCAGUCAAAUGGUUCACACACAAUGGAGCAAAACUCGAUGUCCUGGAUGGGAAGAAGAAGACACCGGAGGACAGAGCAGUAGGAGCGAAGCAGAAACGCGUGGUGCAGUGGAUAAAUGACCAAACGGGUCUGAGAGCAGAUCGAGCGAAGGUCAAUCGCAUUUUAGUCAAGGGUGAUGUGGAGGCCCUGAGGCAGCUGAUACAACACCAUGACAUAGACGCCCUCUGUACCAAAGGAAAUAAUAAAGGUCUUCGCGCGGUCCACUACACUGCGAUCGGAGGCCACGUGGAGAUGCUGAACGUCCUGAAAGAGAACCAGUUUGACCUUCAGGCCGCCACACAGCAAGGCUUGACGGCGCUCCACUACGCUGUGAGGUACGAUCACCUGGACGCCGUCAAGUGGCUUGUCACAGAGGCUGGCUUGACGGCUUCCCUUCGUGACAAUAACGGCAACAGUGCCCUGGACAUGGCGGGACAGGCGAAGAAAGAGCGUAUACAGGAAUAUCUACGAAGGACUGCCCAAGGAACCGUUGGCCGACACCGGUUCUACGGCUUCGCGAAUGCUCUGCCAACAAGGACUCGGGAAGGAGGGCAAGAAAAGGCUCCAGCGAAGGACUUACAAGCACAGGUCACACAAAGAGCUGUCCGAACGCCUCGCUACAGGACCCUCAGAGAGAGAGUGUGGGAAGAAAGGCGAGGAGGCGAAGCAGCAAAGGAUAUUAAUGCAAAGCUUACCGAAGGCGUCUGGCGACGCGCCCCUGCCCCUGCUAACCCCCCAAGGCGACCCGUGGAAGGAGAGCGAGAGAAAGGACCUGCGGAGGAGGUGGAUCCCGAGCAACCACAAAUCAGGCUACUAAACAGGAAGCUGCCGCCGCCUGCAAUCUCGGUCAUUCUUUAUCGACAGGUCACACAAAGAGCUGAAGAACCAGUCCGAACGCCUCGCUACAGGACCCUCAGAGAGAGAGUGUGGGAAGAAAGGCGAGGAGGCGAAGCAGCAAAGGAUAUUAAUGCAAAGCUUACCGAAGGCGACUGGCGACGCGCCCCUGCCCCUGCUAACCCCCCAAGGCGACCCGUGGAAGGAGAGCGAGAGAAAGGACCUGCGGAGGAGGUGGAUCCCGAGGCCUGUGUGAAGGAAGCUUUGUCGUCCGGUGACUUCAAGAACGUGAUAAAACUGAUCGAAAAAGGGACUGACGUGGACACACUGAUUUACGAGAAUAACGACCAAGGGAUGCGAGCGGUUCACUACGCUGCCCAGAGCGGCAACAUGGAGAUGCUGAGAGCACUGAAGCAGAGCAAGGUCGACCUGAAGCCUGUGACCCGGAAAGGCUUCACGGCCCUCCACUGCGCCGUCUUGAACGGCCAGCUGGACGCCGUCCGGUGGCUGGUGGCAGAGGCGGGUCUCGACACUGCCUGCCGCAGCAAAGGCGGGGAAACUGCCCUGGAAUUGGCAAAAACACUAAAAAGGACAGAUAUUAGCAACUACUUGCAGGAGGAGACCACACAAAGAGCUAGAAGGCAAUUUUUGAUCGGCCGGAGGAGAAUUCAGGAAGCAGCGCAAGCAGGCCUAGCAACAAAUGGUUUUAAACCACAGCCUUACCAAGAAGCAGCUGGCCAACCCGUGAUCUUCGGUCGCCCUCCUACUCCGGCAGCGACUCGCGAAAGAGGCCGAGAGAGGGAAGGGCCAAGGGAGAUGGAUGCGCAGGCCUGUGUAAAGGAAGCUUUGUCGUCCGGUGACUUCAAGAACGUGAUAAAACUGAUCGAAAAAGGGACUGACGUGGACACUCUGAUUUACGAGAAUAACGACCAAGGGAUGCGAGCGGUUCACUACGCUGCCCAGAGCGGCAAUAUGGAGAUGCUGAGAGCACUGAAGCAGAGCAAGGUCGACCUGAAGCCUGUGACCCGGAAAGGCUUCACGGCCCUCCACUGCGCGGUCUUGAACGGCCAGCUGGACGCCGUCCGGUGGCUGGUGGCAGAGGCGGGUCUCGACACUGCCUGCCGCAGCAAAGGGGGGGAAACUGCCCUGGACUUGGCAAAAACACUAAAAAGGACAGAGAUUUCCGUUUACUUGGACGGGAUGACCCAAAAAACAAGGGGCGUAGAAGGACUGACUCUCCGGCCAGACCGUCAACAGAGGAGGCUUAGGGAAGAUGGCCCCUUGCAAGAUUUAAUCCUGUUGACCCAAAAUCCAAGGGGCGCAGAAGGACUGACUCUCCGGCCAGACCGUCAACAGAGGAGGCUUAGGGAAGAUGGCCCCAUGCAAGAUUUAAUCAUGAAGCAAGCCAAGGAAGCUGUGAGAGCCGGAGAUGUUCUGAGAGUGAGAGGUGUUGUACGACGAGGCUUCAAUGUCGAUACGGAGUUCCAGGAAGUUCAAAAUAAAGGCUGGCGACUUCUUCACUUUGCUGCCGACAGAGGGCACACAGCCCUUGUUGAGGUUUUGAUACAGGAGAAUGCCAAUGUAAAUGCUGCAGCACAAGACGGCAUGACACCGCUCCACCUGGCGUCCUGGGGAGGCCACACGGAGGUCAUCAGGGCGCUGCUUUCUAAUCGCGCAAAUGGGAAUGCUAAGACCACAGAAGGCAUGACGGCGAUCCACUUCGCGAGUAUGGGCGGCCACGUGUCCUCGAUGGAGGCGCUGACGCCCACGUGUGGCGUCGUUUCCGUCAACUGCGACGGGAAAUCGGCGCUCCACCUGGCGGCCGAGUACGGAAACUUAAGCGCCGUCCAGUGGCUGCACCUGCAAGGGCUGGACUUUUCUUCAAAUGAUAACAAAGGCUGGACUCCUCUCCAGUACGCGAAGGACGAGGGACACAAGAAGGUGGUGGAGUUCUUGGAGAAACUGGAAAAGCAACAGUCACCACGAGGGCUUACGCAGCACGAGAAGGAACUGAAGGAUCUUCAAGCAAAGUUGAAAGCCAAGGAGACGGAAAUUCACCUUCUUAACAUGCAACAGGACUUGAAAGAUCGAAUGCAGGAAAGAGCACAAGCUCAGAUUAAGAACGAGCUUCAAGAGAUGCGCGAGAUUCUGAAGGCCCAAAACGACAUGAUUGCCCGCCUUCAAGACAAGAUGGUGUCGAGAGGUGAACUAGAGAAGGAAGAAGAGAAGUAACACCGAUGCACUCCACGACACCCACUUAUUCGAAACUAACGGCUACAAGAACUUUAUUUAUAUAAUUAUAUAGUUAUAUAGUCUAAACAAUAAAGUCUUGUUGUGUAAAGUAUCCUUAUGAAGUCUUGAAUAAAGUUCAAGAGUAUUUCUUCCCAAUAUCAUGAGUAAUAUAUAUAUAUAUAUAUAUAUAUAUAUAUAUAUAUAUAUAUAUAUAUAUAUAUGCUGCCAAUAUGGAGUUGCACGGGGGAGCCAGAGAAGCUCCCCAGUCGGCGAAGAGCUGUCUGUAAGCCCUUGUGCUGCUGGUCCAGGCUGAGGUGCGGCUCGAGGAUGAUCCGUAGAUGCCUCUGGUUCCGGACUCCGCGGCUUAAGUAAUCGGGAGCUGUAUCAGCGAACCGGUGAACGAAACGAACCCGCGGUCGAAUCUGAAGGUGUCUGUGUCAGCCAGUCAGGUCUCUGCAGCGAGUCGAGAGAAGCGGCUGACGGUGAGAGAGCAAGGAUGAGGCUGCUGGCCCGGGCGUGAUCCAAGCUGGGCAGGAAGAGGUGCUGAGCUGUGGAGGUUACAGGUCGUGGCCUCACUAUAAUUAUGUAAAAAUAUUAUCAGUAAUAAAUAUAAUAAGAUGA